AUGAACUCAACAAUAUUACAUGGAAAUCAGUAUUACCUCCUACAUCUUCAGCGUUUUCUUGCUAGCGCUCCUGAGGUUGGGGAGGAUUCUUCUUGGCUUCUUUGCUACCGUGCUUCUUUACACGGUUGGAAAGCCAAGACCUUCCAUAAUAGAUGCGACGGUAAAAGAAAUACUGUGACCAUAGUACAGAAAGGCCAAUAUGUCUUUGGAGGAUACACUGACAUUCCUUGGGGUAAGAUUUUGUAUUGAAUUUUAAUGAGUAUCUUUAGUAGGUUAAAGAUUGAAGGGCUUUAAGCACUGUGCAAUAAUUAUCAGGAGGGGGAGCUUGACAUAGAUCGAGAUUACGUAGCGAAAGGUAAAAAACAAGGAGACCAAUUUCCUUGAAAGAAAAACAUAAGGCUAUAGCCAGAAAGUGUGAGAUUAAACGUUGGUUUCCCUAUGGUAUGGACGGUCGGUCGCUCGGUCGGGCGGUGGACGGUCACGUGAUUAUCAAAUUUUCUAGGAUUGACAGAUUUACUUAGCUAUGGGGCUCCGCACACGCGCGCGUGGAGCUCCACUAUUAAGAAUAAUCAGAUUAAAUGACGUCAUGCAGAUAGGCAAAUUUCAAUGUCUGCUGAAAGGAAAUUAUACAAGGUAACAAAAAUGUUAAUUAAAGAAAUAGAAAAACAUGACGUUUAUUCACUUAUUUCAAAUUCCUCUUUUAUGCUUUUGUUUUGUUUUGUUAGAAUCCAGUGGUGGCUAUGCCAAAACCCCCAACGCGUUUAUCUUUUCUCUCAACAAUUUUGAAGGGUUGGCACCGUUUUUGGGCAAGGUGAAGCAAGAAAAGACAGGAAAGGCAAUUUACAGGCAUUCAUAUUAUGGUCCAACGUUUGGUAACGACCUCGUCAUUUAUCUUGAUGCCAUCUCUAUUAGCUCCUCACAAGCAGACUUGGGCGUGUACUACUCUGUUCCUGCUUCAGUGAAAGACCGGCGCACAAUCCUGAAGGGGCGUGGACAGUCUUUUUUACCCGAUGAGGUGGAGUUAUUUUAUCUUGACCUAUCCCCCUAA